AGUGACUUUUCUGGUUGGCUGGCAGUUCUUUUAUCCCUCCACUAGAAAAGGGGAACGAAUCAGCUGUUGGAAGAAGCUGCUUUUCGGCUCAGACCAGGAAGGAUGGUAGAUGUCGUGUUGUGAGAAAGCAAAAUUGUGCAGAGCUCUUUGGACAGCCAGCUGGCCUUGUCGUGGCCUGCUUUUGAUUCAUGGUCUGUGGAGAACAACUCCGUGUUUUUACUUUGACUACUAUCGUACCAAGGAAGAAAUGGCCAAGGCAAUUCAGGCUCGGCGGCUGGAAGGCCUGGACCAGAAUAUCUGGGUGGAAUUUUCCCGCCUAGCAGCUACUCACAAGGCAGUGAAUUUGGGCCAAGGUUUCCCCAAUUUCUCCCCGCCGGAUUUCGUCAAGAAAGCCUACGUGGAAGCGAUCAGCGGAGAAAACACCAUGCUGCACCAAUACACACAGGCCUUUGGGCAUCCGCGAUUGGUGGAAAUCCUGGCUCGUUUUUUUGGGAAGUUGCUCCAGCGAGACCUGGACCCUCUGAAGAACGUGAUGGUGACGGUGGGGGCGUACGAAGCGCUCUUUUGCUGCUUCCAGGCCCUGGUGGACGAGGGGGACGAGGUGAUUAUCAUCGAGCCGUACUUCGACUGCUAUGAACCCAUGACCAGAAUGGCAGGCGGGAAACCUGUCUUCGUACCCCUACGGCUGAAGGUUGCCAAAAGUGGAAAGCUGGCAUCCAGCCGAGACUGGCAACUCGAUCCGGCCGAAUUGGAAGCAGCGUUCACCAAACGAACCAAAGUCCUAGUUUUGAAUUCUCCCAACAACCCUUUGGGGAAGGUCUUCAGCCGGGUAGAAAUGGCGCACAUCGCGGAGCUGUGCGUGAGGCAUGACGUGGUCUGCCUCAGCGACGAAGUCUACGAGUGGCUGGUUUACGAUGGAAAUGAGCACGUGAAGAUUGCCACUUUGCCAGGAAUGUGGGAGCGGACGGUGAGCAUUAGCAGCGCUGGCAAAUCCUUCAGUGCCACGGGAUGGAAGGUCGGCUGGGCCAUUGGGCCCGAUCGCCUCUUAAAGCACCUAAGAACUGUUCACCAAAAUUCGAUCUACCAUUGUGCCACAGCGGCUCAGGUAAGAGGACAGGGCCACCGGGUUCACCCAGCUGCCACUCAGCCCAUUUAUGGGGUUUGCACAGUGGGCUAAAACCAUCUGCUAAAAACCAAGCCAAGCAGAUUCACACCAUGUGAUGGUUGCAGAAGCCAUAACAAAUCACAGAUAAUUGAUCACUCAGGACUAGGAACGGACAUGGAGCUCUACAGAGAUCCUAAAGGUUAACUGAUCCUAAUCAUCCAUCCAUCAUUUAUGGACUCCCUUUUGAUCCCCAGACAUUUAUCAGCCUCUUGGACUGGACCAUCGAGUCUUAGGAAUUAGUAUUGAGCCCUUUGGGGAUCCCUGCUCUAAGAUCCUCUGGCCAAAGUUUUCUCAAUCAUCUUUCUAAUCGUCGGCCGAAGUUGCCUCC